AUGAAUAGAUCUCAAUCCCCCAUUAAUAAUAGUCGUAAUCAUAGUGCAUCUAAAAGAUAUGUCUCACCAAAUGAAAGAUAAAACACAUAAGAGAAUGAAUAAGUAAUUAAAUUAAAAUAUUAAAUCAGAAUCAUAAGAAAUUACCACCUACUUAAUAAGUCAAAUCUAAAAUAAUUAACAUUGAUUAAUAAUCUGAUAUAAGUAGUGUAUUAGGUGAAGUCAAUAUUAACAAUACUAGUAAAAUGUCAAAUAUGACUUAAUUUGCUAAUUUCAUGUAUGUUCCAUGUCCAACUCAUCCAGAAUUUUUUAUUACUAAUCUAUGUUAAGAUUAAGUAUGUUUGUUUAUUUUUAUUUUCAUAUAGAAUUGUAUUGAACCUCUUUGUCCUGAAUGUAUUAAUGAACAUCUUUAAAUGCAUUAAUAAAAAGGAAGAGUUCCUAAAUUAGAAAAUAUCCAAAGAGUUAGAAAAGAUAAUACAUAUAAAAUAGAUGAAUUAUCCAAAUCAUUAUAAUUUAAAUUGUUAGAUUCUAAGAAGUAUUUCUAAGAAUAACCAUCUAUUAUUUAUAAUAAUAAUCUUGGGUAAUUAAGAUAAAUUCAUGAAUAAAUUUCAAAUAUCAUAGAUGAUUAUUUUGAAACAUUGUACAAAGAUUUAAAAAAUUAAAAUUAAGAUGAAUAUUUAAAAUAAUUAAAUUAAAUAGAGUAAGAUAUCAUAUAAUAAUAACACAAACUUACUAAAUUAUAAGAAGAUUUACACAAUGAUAAUUAUGUUAGAGCUGUAAUAUAAAUAUGUGAUUCCAAAUAAGAAUUAUUUUCUGAUAAGAGUCUUAUUUAACUAAAUAAUUUAAUUGAAAAUUAUCAGUAAUCUUAAGUUAAAAUAAUCUUUGAUAAAAAUAAUAUUGAACUUUUUUAAACAUAUUGUAAUAAAAUAUGUUAUUUUGUCAAAAAUACAAAUACUUAGUUAAAUAAUAAAAGUCUUUAAAUUGAAAAUAAAUCAAAUCAAUCUACAAUCAAAUUAACACAUAUUUCUGAAAUACCACCUCCUCUAAUUAAUCCAAUAACAUUAAUAUCUGAUAGCCUUACAAAUGAUGAAGCUAAAUACUAAAUUAAUCAAUAAAAUCAUUUUGAAGAUGAUAAACCUCAAGUAUUAGUAAGAUUAGAAGAAGGUGGUUAUGCUGCAUAUAUUUAUGAUAUUUAAUCUUAAAAAUAUAGAAUUGAAACUAUCAAUAGUUAAACUAAAAUUCCUUUAUUUCAUAGACUAUAUACUACUACUUCAGGAAAACAUUUAGUUAUUGGAGGAGUUGAUAGAGAUAAAUCAAGAUUCAAAGCAAUUGCUUCAGUUUAUGAAUUUAAUCAUACAACUUUAUAAUUAAGUUUACAUUCAGAAAUGGUUCUACCUAGAUCUAUGACUUCUGCUUGUUAGAUUGAUAAUUUCAUAUUUGUUGUAGGUGGAUCAUCAACUAAUGAUGAAAAUACAUCAAUAGCUAAAGCUGAGAAAUUAGAUUUAAAUAGUAAAAGAUGGUAAACAAUUAAUGAUCCAUACUUUAAAUGUAGUGGAUGUGCUUUGGUUGCAAUUGAUAAAAAUACUUUAUUUAAGAUUGGAGGUAAAUGUGAUAUCUUUACUCCAUGUAAUUCAAUUGAAUCAUAUGAUAUAUUGAAGAAUUCUUGGGUAUUAUGUGUUUUAUAAUUGAUUUAAGACUAAAAUAGAGUUCAAGUUCUCAUCAAAUGGAUAUUUGAGAUUGCCAUUUAAUAGUUGUGCUAUAAAGAUUUCAUAUGAUUAGAUCUUAAUUCUAGGGGGAUCAGUACAUGAUGUUAAAAGUAAUGAAACUUAGGUAUUUAAUUUAAUAUAAUAAUAAGAUUCUUAAUUUAAAGACAAAAACAUUAUAGAAAUCAAAAGAAUUAGAAAAAUCAAUUGAAUUUAAUACUUAAAGUGCUAUUGUAUAAUUUAAUAAUAUUUAUAUACUAACAGAGAAUGAAUAACCAUUGUUAAUUGGUAAUUAAAAUGGAUUUAAAUAUUAAUGA